AUGAAAGUGCAACUCAAAGUCAUGAAUAUCAAACAUGCUGAUAUAGGAUCAACAGUUGUUGCGGCAGUUGUGGGCCAGGCAGACUAUUCUGCAGCACUUUGUUGCUUGAAAAAGAAUCCAUACAAAGAAGUGGACUUCAUUCCAUUCGAACUCAAAAAGAAAACCAAACAUUUUGCAAAAGAGUUGGAGUUACACAAUAUCAUUGUCAACUCAGGAGGAGCAGUCAAAAUCACACAAACCAACAGAGACUUCAUUGAAGGUCUGCGCCAGGCAAGACUCACAGAUUUUAAUUUGAAACACAAGGUCAUCGACAUUGCUGCAACAAGUCACACAAGUGAUUCGGGAACUUAUUACGUGCAGUGCCUCCGAAAUGACAAGGAGAUAGUCCACAAAGCAACUGAGACAUUCCUAAACUUGAGAACGAUUAUGGAUCCACAGGCACCAAUUCCCAAAUUGACACCACUCCAACGCUGGGACGGUGCAACAAUUUACCCCAAUAGCACUGCCAACUCUGAGGAAUAUGAUAUCAAAAGCAAAUACAAACAUUUGUUGGCAGAUGACAUCACAACCACUGGCAGAUCCAGCAUUGCUAGCAACCAGAUGGCGCGUUCCCUACCAACAACUAUUGAUGCCCAAAAACCAUCGUUUGCGGAAGCAUUAGUAGCCAACCUCAACAACCCACAACAGCAGGAUGCAUCAUCCAUAGCCACAUCCCAACUCAGUUCACCUGGGAACACAGUCAAGACGCAACGAGAAGAGGAGCUUGAAGAUGAAAACGCAGAUCUCAAAAUGAAAGUCCACAACCUAACAUAUGACAAAGAAGCUCUGACUCACACUCUAGAAACCAUGCAGAGUCAAAUUGACCAACUCACAGCAGCGGUCACAGCACUCUCAGAUCAAGUAUUGAAAAGCCCAGCCAGAAAGAAGCAAGAUAGCAAAGGCACUCCAAUAGGGAAGGAUGCAAGUCCAGACAUUAGAAUGGGGACCCCAGGAAACUAUGCCAAGGCAGUGCCAUCCAAACAUAUUACCCAAGGAUCACCGAUGCAAGAUUCUGAACCGACAAUAUUAGCACACAAUCUCAACUCCAAGUUCAAUGAUCAAGGUGAAGCCUCAAGCAAGGGUGAAACCCAUCCAUCAUGUUAG